CCUAAAGCAUUAACCGGAAAUCAUCUAUUACAACAGGAAAUUAAUGAUCAUUCUGGUGCUGUUAAUUGUCUAGCAAUAAGUGAAGAUUUAUCAUUAUUAGUGUCCGGUGGUGAAGAUGGUAUCAUAUUAUUAUGGAGUACAUUUUCCACUCCUUGUGAAUGUAUUGGUAUAUUAAGUGGACAUAAAAAUUAUAUUACCUGUUGUACAGUUCAUCGUUAUCUGGUCAUUUCUGGUUCAGCAGAUUGUACGUUGAAAAUAUGGCGUAUUGAAGAUGGUAAUUGUCUUAUGACACUUUAUGGUCAUGAAGCAUUCAUUAAUCGUUGUUGUACAUAUGGACCAAUUUUAAUGUCAACUUCAUUCGAUAAUACGGUACGUGUUUGGUCAUUGACUGAUAAAUUGACAAUUGUACAAAGUGAAAAUCAAUUUGAUCAUCAUAUUGAUGAUGACGAUGAUAAUAAUAAUCAAUUAGAAUCACGUGGUAUUCUACGACGAACAAAAAUCUCAACAACAUUUGGUCAAUGUUUAUACGUGUUGCAAGAUCAUCAAAAAAGUGUCACACAAGUAGCAAUAAUAAAUUUUGAAUCACAAAAUCAAUUAUUAUCAAAAGGUGUGAUUCAAGAAUUGGAUAUUAUCAUAUCAACAUCGACCGAUGGUACAGCUAUGACUUAUUCAUUAGCAACUGGUGAACUUCGACACAUAUUCACUGGUCAUGAAGGACCAAUUAAUUGUCUGGCAAUCGAUGGAAAAGAAUCAAGUUUCGUAUAUACAGCUGGUGCUGAUUCGGUUAUAAAAAAUUGGGAUGUUAUUACCGGUGAAUUUGUUCGUGAUCUUAUUGGACAUGAAGGUUCAAUAUUAUGUUUAUUGGCACAGAAUCGUAUUCUUUAUUCUGGUUCAACCGAUCGUACUGUACGUGCAUGGGCAAUGGAUGUUGGCCAAUGUACACGUGUUUAUUAUCAGAAUACAGCACCGGUUAGUUGUUUACAAUAUUUCAAAGGAAUUCUUUAUACUGGAUGUAAUGAUAAUUGUGCACGAUUAUAUGAUGCAAAUUCAGCUGUAUUAAUGCAAACAUUUACCGGUCAUUCGGGAUUAAUAACAGCAUUACAAGUGAUACCAGGAAAAUUAUUUACAUCAUCAUAUGAUGGACAUAUUCUAGUAUGGGAUUGUGAAGAAUUACAAAUAAAAUUGGAUACGAAAAAAUUACGAGCCAAUAAUCGAUUAAUAACUGAAUCAUCAACAUCAUCAUCAUCAUUUGGACACAGUAUGUUAACGGAACAAUUACGUUCAAUUGUAAUGGAUAGCGCCAAAACUAGUUCAUUGUUAUUAUCAAUGGGAAAACAUAUGAAUAGUAAUAAUAAUCGACAACUAUUGAAACGUUUAAAUUAUAAUUACAAUAAUAAUAAUAAUAAUCGACGACGCACAUCAACAUUAUUUUCAAAUCAAUUGGCAAAUUUUUCCAAUAAAUAA